CAAAAUGACCCGAGCGGACCAGCUGGACAUCCAGUGAUCCAGAUCCAGCUGAAAGAGACCGGACCGAUUCACACCUACAUAACGUGAGUACAACAUUAAUCUUACUUUAAUACAACCUUACCCUAAGUAAGCAUGGACCACUACACGAUUACCUGACGUGAGUACAAGCCAAUUAAAAUCAGAAUAUAACCUAAUCUUAGUUUGAGAUUUGGGCAAUUCUACUUACCCAGAGUCAGAUGAACUCAUGGAUACCAUUUGAUGUAUCUGCGUGCAGUUUGAAGGACGUUGAAUGUCGUUUCUGGAGCGAUUGCUAACUAGCGUCAGUGCAAUGAAUGGAAGUCUAUGGGAUCAGCUAGCAUUAGCGCAAUUAGAGUAGAAAAAGUAGAAAAAAGGCUUACUGUCCAAAUCUCGAACUAUCCCUUUAAACCAACGUAACCAUAACCAGACAGAUACACAAAUACUUGACGAGAGUACAAUCCAAGCUCAACCUUAAUCCAACUUUAUCGUGACCGUGAAACAACACAUGUGUCUACAUUGAGUAAAACCCAACCACAACCUUCAAACAACCUCACUCUAACCUAACUCGGACCACUACACACAUACUUGCAGGAAGAAACAUCAAACGUUAACCCUAACCCUAAUAUCCGUAUUCCCUUUACUUUUGGUUGGCACCACCAGCAAUACAAGGGAAAAUGUAACGUGAAAAAUCUCUGCUGUUUUUUUUCAAACUGUUGCUGUAUUCAGAAGAAUUAAUAAAACAUCCCAUUCACUCAACUUUACAGCCGACCUGACACUAUAGCCUGACACCAGACAAGAGAACAGUUGAGACACACAUAAUUGUGUCACGCACACAGACAAAUGUGCUGUGAUUAAGGAGAGGUAGAGACAGUGUGUGUGUGAGAGAGGGUACACUCUUAGAAAAAAUUGUUCCAAAAGGGUUCUCCGGCUGUCCCCACAGAAGCACCCUUUUUGGUUCCAGGUAGAACCCUUUUUGGUUGAAGGGAAAACUAUUUUGGGUUCCAUGUAGAACCCUCUGGGGAAAAGGUUCUACAUGGAACCCAAAAGGGUUCUCCUUGGGGACAGCCAAAGAACCCUUUUAGGUUCUAGAUAGCACCUUUUGUAGAGAGAUGGAAUAUAGUAGCAGGUUUUCACUGAGUCCCUUUGAUCACACCUGUCACUAAGGGGUUUGUCACACAGUCUCUACACGGGAAUGCACAGUGCAAUUGUUACAGGAAAGCACUUGAGCUGAUGUGGCUCAGCAAUCUGCUCAUAUGCAGAGAGCUGGGGUCUGCUUGCUGUCAAACUGUGCAUGUGUGUUCGGGUCACCCGGGCUUAUCCAAAAAGCUGGCACAAGAAAAUACAUUAAGGACUAUGACAUUGAGACCCACCCACCACCCCCCUGCUCAGUCCCCCCCACACACACUCACACAAACACAUAACACACUUCAUACACUCACACAAUGCAACACUGUUUUGCUGCUAGCAUAUGGGAUCCAGGCUCCUAUUGGAUUUUGAGGGUGGUAUUAUAACAGUUAUACCAAUAAUUUCACAUUCCUGACAGGAAGAUAAAUGCCCCGGUGGUGUUAAGACAAUACUCCCACCCACUUCAGCUUCUGUUUCCCCACCACAAUCAAUACUGUAUCGAGCUGAUGAUGAAUUGGACAUUAAUAAGAUAUGAUGUUGCCAGUAAAGAGGUAGUGUUUUAUAGCAAGUUAUUGUUCAAAGCUACAAUAUAAAAUACUGUAGCUAAACGUUACAAUGGGGAUAUUUACUAUAUUCAGUAUUUACCUUCAGUUUACUAGAGGAGUUGAUGAAGAACACUUUUACAGCAAAAACCUGAGGAAGAGCUGCAGUGGAAGGGAAAUGGUUAAAUGAUUGAACUGGAAGUAUUUUAAAGGGUCAGGUUGGAAACGUAGUCAGCACACCGCGGGGUGAACAUGUUAAUUGUCAUGUCAUGGCGUGGGAUUAUUUAAAAUACUCCUCACUAUGCGAAAAGCAUCAAUAUCAGGGGAUAUCUUGAUCUAUAUAUAUCUGGAUAUGUGACAUUUUAUUAGAUAUAAGGAGUAAACAUGCUCCAGAUACACAUGUCCUUAAUUGUAUAUAUUGAGCUAGGAUAUUCUCCGUAAUGGGACAGUUUCUACAUACAUCUAAUCCGGACCUCAGAAAUCUCCCUGCUGCCGAAUGAGUCCAGGGAGGUACCUGGGGUGAGAUCCCUUCAAGACAUGCCCCUGAUGCGUGUACACACGCUUACAUAUUUGUAGACUAUUUUAACUCCGGAAAGAGUAUGUGUCAACAUGCUGACAUAUCUAAGACUUUAUACUUAGGCAUGAACGAAUCCAUGUAUUUUAAGAAAUGUACCACGAGUCAUUACCUGAUCAUUUAUGGAUCCGUAUUUUUUUUUUAAAUCUUAAUUUCAAUAGAUAUCCUUAAAUGAUCUGUAAUAUUCAUCCUCGUAUGUCUGAUCGAAAAUGGGCUAAAUCCGACGCAUUAUCAAUGUCCAGCGCCCAAAUUAUUUUACCUUUUCAGGCGCCGGAAAUCAUUGUGCUUCUUCACAUGAAGGUGACAUAACUGAGCAUACAUUUCCACUACAAGGCAUGGAAAAGCAAACAUAUUUAAUCCAAAGCACAUCUAUGCUAUUUCUGCAACUCCAGAGCUCCAUCUCCUCUAACUGAAGCAAAUUGUAGAGAUUUUUUUUCUAUUGAUAAUGUAAAAUUAACAGCCAAACAGAAAGGCUCAUGUGAAGGUGAAAGUACAGAGGAACUUCUGGAUGCAAUUAAAGGAUGCAAUUAAAGACUUUAAGUCCGGGAAAACUCCAGGGUUGGAUGGCAUACCAGUCGAGGUAUACCAAACCUUUUUUUGAUAUACUCAGAGGACCGUUAUUAGUAUGUUUUAACCACUCCUAUGUAAAUGGUAGAUUAUCAGACACUCAAGAAGAUGGUCUGAUUUCAUUAUUACUGAAACAGGAUACAAGUGGAAAAUAUAAAGAUCCAGUCCAUAAAAAAAAUUGGCGGCCCCUUACACUUCAGUGUUGUGAUGCAAAAUUUCUAGCAAAAUGUAUAGCGCAUAGAAUUAAAAAGGUAUUGUCGGACAUUAUUCAUUCUAAUCAGACAGGUUUUUUACAUGGGUGAUACAUUGGAGAUAAUAUAAGGCAAGUACUGGAAACAAUAGAACACCAUGAAAAAUCUGGGAAACCAGGCCUACUAUUCAUGGUAGACUUCGAAAAGGCAUUUGAUAAAGUACGACUGGGGUUUAUAUAUUUGCCUACGCCUAGCGAACAGUUUUUUAAAUUAUAUGAGAAAAAAAUAUUCCAUUUUAUUUGGAACGGCAAGCCAGACAAAAUUAAACAGGCCUAUUUAUAUAAUGAAUAUGAAUUAGGAGGACAGAAAUUACUAAAUAUUAAAGCAUUAGACCUAUCACUAAAAGCUUCAUUCAUACAAAAAUUAUACUUAAAUCCGAACUGGUUCUCUAACAAACUAGUAAGAUUGUCUCACCCAAUGUUCAAGAAGGGACUUUUUCCCUUUAUUCAGAUUACAAACCCUCACUUUCAGGUAUUUGAAAAGGAAAUCAUCUCCCAAAUAUCACUAUUUCUAAAACAAGCCAUAGAAAGUUGGUUGCAAUAUCAAUUUAAUCCUCCAGAAAUGACAGAACAAAUAUUGCAAAAAAUAUUGUGUUUAAACUCAAAUAUACUAAUUGAUAAAAAACCGUUCUUCUUUGGAGGGAGUUAAAAGUCCGUGUUGCCCAGCGACAGCCCCAAAACAUCACUGCUCUAGAGGAGAUCUGCAUGGAGGAAUGGGCCAAAAUAUCAGCAACAGUGUGUGAAAACCUUGUGAAGACUUACAGAAAACGUUUGACCUGUGUCAUUGCCAACAAAGGGUAUAUAACAUAUUCUGAUGCAACGAAUUCUGAUGCAUUUCUGAGUUUUCAGCAUAUGCUCAAUAAUUUGUCAAAUAUGAAAUCCAUAUUAUUCUUUCAUGCACAAAUCAUUUUAGGAUUCCUUCCGGAUAUCAUACAUGGUAUGACCAGUUGUUGACUCAUUAGAUAUCCUGAGAUAGGCCUAUGUGGAAAUCAUAUUUUCUCUAUAUGAUGACAAAUACUGACAGUAGGCCUUCAUAGUAUAUUUUCUCAGCAUAUACAGUGGAGAGAACAAGUAUUUGAUACACUGCCGAUUUUGCAGGUUUUCCUACUUACAAAGCUUGUAGAGGUCUGCAAUGUUUAUCAUAGGUACACUUCAACUGUGAGAGACGGAAUCUAAAACAAAAAUCCAGAAAAUCACAUUGUAUGAUUUUUAAGUAAUUAAUUUGCAUUUUAUUGCAUGACAUAAGUAUUUGAUCACCUACCAACCAGUAAGAAUUCCGGCUCUCACAGACCUGUUAGUUUUUCUUUAAGAAGCCCUCCUGUUCUCCACUCAUUACCUGUAUUAACUGCACCUGUUUGAACUCAUUACCUGUAUAAAAGACACCUGUCCACACACUCAAUCAAACAGACUCCAACCUCUCCACAAUGGCCAAGACCAGAGAGCUGUGUAAGGACAUCAGGGAUAAAAUUGUAGACCUGCUCAAGGCUGGGAUGGGCUACAGAACAAUAGGCAAGCAGCUUGGUGAGAAGGCAACAACUGUUGGUGCAAUUCUUAGAAAAUGGAAGAAGUUCAAGAUGACGGUCAAUCACCCUCGGUCUGGGGUUCCAUGCAAGAUCUCACCUAAUGGGGCAUCAAUGAUCAUGAGGAAGGUGAGGGAUGAGCCCAGAACUGGAUUUUUGUUUUAGAUUCCGUCUCUCACAGUUGAAGUGUACCUAUGAUAAACAUUGCAGACCUCUACAAGCUUUGUAAGUAGGAAAACCUGCAAAAUCGGCAGUGUAUCAAAUACUUGUUCUCUCCACUGUAUAUGCUGAGAAAAUAUACUAUGAAGGCCUACUGUCAGUAUUUGUCAUCAUAUAGAGAAAAUAUGAUUUCCACAUAGGCCUAUCUCAGGAUAUCUAAUGAGUCAACAACUGGUCAUACCAUGUAUGAUAUCCGGAAGGAAUCCUAAAAUGAUUUGUGCAUGAAAGAAUAAUAUGGAUUUCAUAUUUGACAAAUUAUUGAGCAUAUGCUGAAAACUCAGAAAUGCAUCAGAAUUCGUCCUUAUUUUCAGCAUAUCAAAAAGUAUAUCAAUAUCCGGAUAUGAACCUCAGCCAAGAGAAGCAUAUCUGGAAUCAAUAUAGUUUAAUAUCUUGAAUGUGCUGAGAAAAUACAGAUAUGCGAUGUAUACAGUCAGUAUUUGUCAACAUGAAGAGAGAAAAUUGGAUGUCACAUUAUCUCAUGAUAUUGAAUGAGUCCAUAUCCGGCCAUCGGAAAUGUCCAUGUGUGAUAUUCGGAGUAAUCCCAAUAUCAUACUGUAUAUCGAAAAGACACAUCUGGAUUCAGCAUUUGUCAGGAUAUGGUGCAAAUCCACAAAACUCAAAAUAUGCACUGGAAAUGGUCUGUAUUUUCUAGAAUAUCAAAAAUGUGUCAUGUAAAGAUAUCCCCUGAUAUGGACAGUUUUCGCCCCCAGUGUCUAUGAAGAAGUAGGGUUUCAGAUGUUUUCGGAAGAUGAGCAGGGACUCUACUGUCCUACCUUCAGGGGAAAGCUGUUUCCACCAUUGGGGUGCCAGGACAGAGAAGAGCUUUGACUGGGCUGAGCAGGAGCUACCCUCCUGUAGGGGUGGGAGGACCAAGAGACCAGAGGGGGCAAAAUGGAGUACUCGAGUUGAGGUGUAGGGUUUGAGCAUAGCCUGAAGGUAGGGAGAGGCAGUUCCUCUUGCUGCUCCGUAGGGAAGUACCAUGGUAUUGUAGUGGAUGCGCGCUUCGACUGGAAGCCAGUGGAGCAUGCAGAGGAGCGGGGUGACAUGGGAGAACUUGGGAAGGUUGAAUACAAGGUGGGCUGCAGCGUUCUGGAUACAUUUCAGGGGUUUGAUGGUACAAGCAGGGAGCCCAGCCAACAGCGAGUUGCAAUAGUCCAGACGGGAGAUGACAAGUGCCUGGAUUAGGGCAUGCGCGGCUUCCGGUGUGAGGUCUGCUCGUACUCUACGGAUGUUGUAGAGCAUGAACCUGCAGGAGCGAAUCACAGCUUUGAUGUUUGCAGAGAACCACAGGGUGUUGUCCAGGUUCACCCCAAGGUUCUUUGCACUCUGGUAGGGGGACACCGUAGAGUUGUCUACUGUGAUGGAGAGGUCUUGGAGCGGGCAGGCCUUCCCCGGGAGGAAGAGCAGCUCCGUCUUGUUGAGGUUGAGCUUGAGAUGAUGGACCGACAUCAAAGAUGAGAUUUCUGCCAGGCACACAGAGAUGCAUGUCGCCACCUGGGUGUCAGAAGGGGGGAAGGAGAAAAGGAGUUGAGUGUCAUCAGCAUAGCAAUGAUAGAUACACUAUGUGAGUAUAUGAUGGAGCUGAGUGACUUGGUGUAUAGAGAGAAGAUGAGAGGGCCUAGAACCGAGCCCUGGGGGACACCAGUAGUGAGAGUAUGUGGUGCAGACACAGAUCCUCUACACGUCACCUGGUAUGAGCAGCCUACCAGGUAGGAUGCAAUCCAAGAGUGUGCAGAGCCUGAGACGCCCAGCCCUGAGAGGGUGGAGAGGAGGAUCUGAUUGUUAACUGCGUCAAAGGCAGCGGAUAGAUCUAGGAGGAUGAGAACAGAGUAGAGAGAGUCAGCUUUGGCAGUGCGGACAGCCUCAGUGACACAGAGGAGAGCAGUCUCGGUUGAGUGACCCAUCUUGAAGACUGACUGAUUAAGGUCAAGAAGAUUGUUGCGAGAGAGUUGGUCAGAGUCAGUAGGCUCAAGUGUUUUGGAAAGAAAAGAAAGAAGGGAUACCGGCCUGUAGUUUUUGACGUCAGAGGGGUCGAGUGUUAGUUCUUAGCUCAACAUCUGUGGAGACAAAUCACCAAUAUCACCACACUGGCAGCCAAUCACGUCACCCCUGACACUCACUUGGAGCCAUUCAGUGUUGUUGUUUAUGUAUGUAGCUAAUGGGUUAAGCUGUAGCAUUAGCAAUGUUUUUCAAAAAUAGAUUUUUGUAAAUUCUUACAAUGAUUCUGAAUAUGACAUUGAGGAAUCAGAUUCUGACAGUGACAGUGAGGAGCUUCCCCCCAACCUUAUGGCCAUUGAGAACCCUGAAUCUGAGGACCCCUUCCCCACCAACAAAGUCCCAGGUCCCUCUGAAGAUGCUGGUGGUGAUGGAGGCACACCAACAGUGGGUGAAGUACAGGAGGUCUGCGGUAGCUGGAAGGCCUCCAGACAUUUCACCCCUCCUGGCACUGCUGUUGGCUUUGAUGCGUCCCAGUCUGGAGUGCAAAGCCCCUUGCCAUCUCUCUCUGAGGCGUCAAGCUGUUUCUGACAGAGGAGCUGGUGGGAGACAUAGUGGAGGAGACCAAUCGCUAUGGCUUGGAGCUACAGGAGAAGAGAGAGCCUCAGGGAAGGUGGACCACAUGACAGGAGAGAGAAAGAUCAAAUCAGACUGUGCUUGACCAUAAUUGCAAAAUGGGGGCAGUAGAUAAGGCGGACAUGAUGAACAGCUUUGUGGCAUGCCCCCGGAAAACCACCAAGUGGUAUAAUAAUAUAUGUGACCAAACACCUCUUUUCAGUCUUAUGUUGCAAAAUUUGAAAUUGUGUUGUUUACAUUGGAUAAAAGUACAGACUCAGAGCUACAAAAUGAUAUAUCAUACACUGCAGUUCAGGAACAAAGUGAAAGUAAUUCUGCUUUGAAAGUUGAUAAAUUUGUAACCCCACUUUUGAGAAAAUGGCCCUUGAAUGGCCCACUCUUCAGCCAUUCAGCAUCGUUCCUACCAUCUUAAGCCUUUGCCCCCCCCCCCCCCCCCCCCCCGGCUAACUUGAUGGGUCAUGUAAUCAUCUGGUGAAGUGGAAUCUUUUGUUUAGACAUGUAGCUAGCUAGCUAGCUAGACAAUGACCCAUAAACCGAAACCAUACAGUACUAGACAUACAAACAGAUUGUCAUAGCUAGCCACCAUGCAUGAAAUGCUGUAGUAUGAAUCUGCAGGUAAAAUCUAACCAACUAGGUUCAAUGUUAUCUAGCUACCUAACAUUAGGCUAUAACUAGCAAUGCAAAUGGAUUUCUGAAAUACAAAUAAUAUUACUACACAGAUCAUGCAUUUAGCGUUAGCUAGCUAGCCAGCCAGCUAACGUCAGCUAGCUAGCUAACAGUACGCUUUAACUUGCAAUGAAAAUGACUUUCUGACAAAAUUAGAAAUGUAUAAAAUCUGAAAAUGUAGCUAGAGUCUUACCCGUAUAAAUGGAUGAACGCUUCAUGGCAGACUGGAACCCCUUUAACUAAGACGUCUUGUGUCGUUUCCGUUUUGUUUGUACAGCUUGCUUGGCCCAUUGUGUAAGGUCACUCCGGUUCAUUGCACAUUGACCAUGUGCAAUGCCAUAAAAAUCAUCAGAUCUUUCUAUCUCUCUGUCAGGUAUGCAAUCAAACGCAUUAAUUUUCUCCUUCUCGUACUCUGCUUCCACCGGGCAUUCCACUGAUUUCAAAGCUCAGUCAACUUCUUCAGUGACAACAACACUGUUGACCGCCGUAUCUUCCCCAUCACUGUCAUCAGAAGACUACAAUGUCUGGUUCAAUGAAAAUGUUUUUACCUAAGUCAGGGAUUUCCUCAUCAUCUGAUUCAUUUUCAGAGUCAGAGAGAGUCCUCCAGAAAGUAGCCCAUCACAACCUUUUCCCACUGAUCUCUGUCGAUAGCCCCUGCUAAAUUCAGGGCAGCAAUGUUGAGAGCAGUAGCAACACUUUUGCAGUUCUUCAUGUCUACUAUAUCUUUCAAAAAGGCUGUGGUAGCAAGGAUUAUCUACACAUGUUAUAGACAGAAGCAUGCUACAGGGCAGACCAAUCAGAACUCAUCUCUCGGCAUGUCCAGCCCAUCCAUUAUCUCAGCCAAUCAUGGCUAGCGGGAAGGUUCCUGUAUUUUCCAGUGGCUAAACCAACUAGGCUUGUAAUUUAACAAUUUUAUUCAUUUUUACAGAUGGCAUACAAGUUUGUUAUUAAGGCAGAUGAAAGUUCACAUGUUCCAGAAGGCAUUUCAGCCAGAAAACGCAUAAAAAUAAAAUAAAAUAAAUAAAAGUUCAAAUGCCUCUCAUGUGAAGUAGUGACAUGUGACAUAUGCCUAGCUUCCUGAAACGGGUCACAUAUUUUUACUGCACAAGGUUUUUUGUAAUUGCACAUAUAGUUAAUGUACAAAUCAAAUACAGUUCCAUUAUGCAAUUAUAUUGACAAUAUCUCACCCACCUCCCCACUCCCUCAUCAUCCCCUCCACUCCCUCAUCCUUCCUACUCCCUCUUCAAACAGUAUGUUGCAAAAUAUGUCUCGUUCCAGUUAUGAUGUUGGCAAGGUAUGUUCAAUACUGUGUGUGUGUGGUUUCUGAAAGUACAGAAUAAAGAGGAAUUAUUAGUAAUUAGAAUCAAAUAUCAGGAUAGCAAUAAAACAAUAUUACAAGUAACAUAAUAACUGAAGAGCUCCACAAGGGCUCCACAAGGGGGCAGAGCUAUGCAGGCCAAAUGAGUACACAGGCCAAAUGCAAUGGUCAUGAUAAGGCCAGGGCAGCUGAUCAUGGCUAGAAGGGAUCCAGCUUUAGUCAAAUUAACAUCAGAGUUGACUUUUCGUAGCAGGUUAGGAGAACUUACGCAGCAGGUUAGGAUAAUUAACGUAGCAGGUUAGGAGAAUGAGGUUAAGGUUAGGAAUAGGGUUAGGGUUAGCUUAAAUGCUAAUUCUACGUUUGACGUUAAUUUGACAAAAGCUGGAUCCCUUCUAGCCAUGACCAGGGCAACUUCAAAAGAUACAACACAAGCUAAUACUUAUUUGACGCCAUUAGCAUUAGUAUUGUUUUACAGAACUAAAUGUAACAACAUAACCACAAUUGAGUAUAACACCAUAAAGGUUAUGAAAUCAGUACCUCGAGGAAUACACACAAAAUACAUUAUGCUCCAUACAUAAAUAUGGUGUGCUACAGUAUAAAUACACUACAUUACCAAAAUUAUGUGGACACCUGCUCGUCGAAAAUUUAUUUCCAAAAUCAUGGGCAUUAAUACGGAGUUGGUCCCCCCCCUUGCUGCUAUAACAGCCUCCACUCUUCUGUGAAGGCUUUCCAGUAGAUGUUGGAACAUUGCUGCGGGGACUUGCUUCCAUUCAGCCACAAGAGCAUUAGUGAGGCCAGGCACUGAUGUUGGGUGAUUAGGCCUGGAUCGCAGUCAGUGUUCCAAUUCAAUCGAAAGGUGUUCAAUGGGGUUGAGAUCAUGGCUCUGUGCAGGCUAGUCAAGUUCUUCCACACCGAUCUCGACAUACCAUUUCUGUAUGGACCUCGCUUUGUGCAUGGGGGCAUUGUUAUGCUGAAACAGGAAAGGGCCUUCCUCAAACUGUUGCCACAAAGUUGGAAGCACAGAAGCGUCUAGAAUGUCAUUUUAUGCUGUAGCGUUAAGAUUUCCCUUCACUGGAACUAAGGGGCCUAGUCCGAACCAUGAAAAACAGCCUAAGACCAUUAUUCCUCCUCCACCAAACUUUACAGUUGGCACUAUGCAUUGGGGCAGGUAGCGUUCUCCGGGCAUAUGUCAAACCCAGAUCCAUCUGUCGGACUGCCAGAUGGUGAAGCGUGAUUCAUCACUCCAGAGAACAUGUUUCCACUGCUCCAGAGUCCAAUGGCGGCAAACUUUACACCACACCACUCCAGCUGACGCUUGGCAUUGCGCAUGGUCAUCUUAGGCUUGUGUGCAGCUGCUCGGCCAUGGAAACCCAUUUAAUGAAUCUCCCGACGAACAGUUAUUGUGCUGACGUUGCUUCCAGAGGCAGUUUGGAACUCUGUAUUGAGUGUUGCAACCAAGGACAGCACUUGGCGGUCCCGUUCUGUGAGCUUGUGUGGCCUACCACUUUGCGGUUCAGCCGUUGUUGCUCCUAGACGUUUCCACUUCACUAUAACAGCACUUGCAGUUGACCGGGGCAGCUCUAGCAGGGCAGGAAUUUGACAAACUGACUUGUUGGAAAGGUGGCAUCUUAUGACGGUGCCACGUUGAAAGUCACUGAGCUCUUCAGUAAGGCCAUUCUACUGCCAAUGUUUGUUAAUGGAGAUUGCAUGGCUGUGUGCUCGAUUUUACACACCUGUCAGCAACGGGGUGUGGCUGAGAUAGCCGAAUCCAUUAUUUUGAAGGAGUGUCUACAUACUUUUGUAUAUAUAGUAUAACACGAUAUAGAGAAACUCUGGACUCCUGCGCUUGACUCCUUCUUUCACACCUCGUCACACCCUGUGCCACCACCGUGAUGACCAGAUGCUCUCGGAUUAUGAGAGAACAUGUAGUAAGAUGAAGAGAGAGCAGCUAGAGUAUUUGAUUUCUGUAUAUAUUGUUGUCUUUGUGGCUUUUUCUGUGCAUCAGAGCUUCCAGUUUGUUUGUGUCUGCAUCAUGUGUGUGGGUGUUUGUAUGUACAGAUGCUAUUAAAAAUGAAUCACACAUUAGCUUUGCUAACCUUGCUUAUGCAAAUAAUCAUGCUCUGCUCACAAUUACUGUACUUUCAAAGCCUACUGGACCAGAGAAAAUGAGGGGAGGGGGAGAACGUGAGAUAUAGGAAAAUAGAAAGAUGGAGGGAGUAAGAGAAUGUGAUAGAGGAAGAAAGAGGUGAAGAUCAUGCAGAAGAAAGAUAGAGAGAGAGAUGUGGCUAUAGAGAGAGAGAGACAGAGGGGGAAGCAGGAGGGAGGAAAAUAAAUAGAGAGAGGAACAGAGAGGGCAGGAUUGGAGGUGAGUAAAAUAGAUAGAUAGAAAGAGAGAGAGAGAGAAAGAGAGGAGAUUGUAAAUUCAUCCCUCCUGCUUGUCAGUGGAUCAAUAUCUUGCAGGGUGGGCAGAGCAGAGCAGGACUUGGCCAGGCAGGGAGAGGCAGAGCAUGCCUCUAUAGAGACUGAACACAGAACACAGGGCUGGGCAGGAGCAGAGGAAAGGAGAGAAGUCUUAGUCAUUCUCCCUCUUUUCCUCCUCUCUCUCUCUCUCUUUAUUCCCUCUCCUCUUCACCCUAAAAGCAUUUGAGGGUCAUUUUUGACACUCCAACCUCAACUAGGCGGUCUCAAAGAUAAUGUGUUUACAUGUGUUAUUAACGUUGAGUGUGUAAGUCACUGACUUUAUCUCUCUGUCUCUGUCUCUCUGUGUAGGAGCUGUGAUUUGGAGAUGAAUGGGAAGGUGGGAGGUAGAGGACCUGUGAGUUCACCCAACGACAUGAACUGCAACUCCAACAGCAUCACCAUGGUAUCAGACCUAUCCUCCCCAGAGUCUCAGACCCAGUCUCAGCCCUUCACACCCCGGGUCAGUACACACACACACACAUACACUCAAGCAUGCCCGCACGCAAGCACUCCCGCACACACAUACACACACCUCACGACACCGUUACAACUCACUACACCACACACCACAUCAUGGUUUCAUGACAGAUUCAGUGAUACAAAGAGGUGCAUUUUGUUCUCUCAUCUUCCCUCUGCCCCUUUCUCCUUCCCUCGUUUCCUCUCCAGGCAUCUCGUACUCCAAAGAAAGCUGCGAUGUUUGGGAAGCGUUCUAACUCCAUGAGGAGGAACCCUAAAGCUGUAGUAGCUAAGCAGGGCUGGCUAUACAAACAGGUAAUUCAGCUCUAUACACUAUACUGCAUCAGCAUGAUGCACUUUCCCUUAUGCUUAGUGGUAUAAGGGUUUUAGGCUCGGUUUCUGUAUAAGAACUUUGUGUCAACUGCUGUUGUAAAAAGGGCUCUAUAAAUAAAUGGGAUUGAUUGAUUGAUUGAUAGACAAAUGCCCCAUAAUACCCCAUAAAUAUCUCAUAACUAGGACCAGAUAAACUCUUCUUCCAGUAUUGUCAUUAUUCUCUACAUGUUUCAGUUCAAUAUUCCUUGUCUCUCCCAUUUGUUUUGAUCCAGUAUGUCUCAGACACUUACUUUGUUUUGGUCCAGUGUUGCUUUCCCUCUCACGUUGUUUAGGUCUCAUAGAAUUUUUCUUCCUGUCUUUUACAUAGCGCAUUAUUUCUCACAAUGUUUAAGUCAAGUUUCUGUGUUCCCCCUGAAGUUGUUUGGUCCAGUCUAAACUGUUGUGUCUACUCUCUGGAGUCCCAUCCAUUUCAGUGUGUGUUUUUAGUCCCCUUGUCUGUCUCUCCCUUUAGGCCAGUCAAACCCAUCUCAAUGUGUGUUAUUCUCUCUGUCUCUCUCUGUCUCACUGUAGGCCAGCAGUGGAGUGAAACAGUGGAACAAGAGAUGGUUUGUCCUGACUGACCGAUGCCUCUUCUACUACAAAGGUAGGUUACUGUCAUAGCAUUGCCGUCUUACUUUUAGUUCUCUUUUAUUUUUUUGAUAACCCAUCGCCACCCUUCAUCUGAGGACAUCUUUAUAAUUACGCUUUAUUUUAUUGCAUUUUAUUGUAUGCUUUAGUCAGAAUGGUUUUUUCCUUCUUUCUUGACAUACUGUUUCUCUUCUCUUGUCAACAGAUACGGUAAGUUAGCUUAAUGGUAUACAUGUGUUUCUGUGGUAGUGUGCUCUGUUAUUUUGCCAGCAGGUAGAAACCACAGUAACUGACAGAUCCGGUUAUUCAACCAUGUGUUGGCUACGUCCCAAUAUACUGUAUCUUGUUUUCUGAGUGUUUAAAAAAAAAAAAAGACUGGUCAAUCUUAUCCAACAAUCUCUGCUAUGCAGAUAGGUAUCCACAUAUACAUACAUGGGGUUGACUUAACAUAAUAUUUACAUUCAUAUUUUACAGUAUGUAUAAAUUUUCUAUCUAACCUUUAUUUGAUCCAGGAAGUUCCACGACAUGGGUAGCGUCUCAGCUGACAUUAUAUUCCCUAUAUAGAGCCCUUUUAAACAGAGCCCUUAGUGGCUAGAAUCUCUUUUUCAAUGGAAACCUGGCCAAGACACCUCACUACACCUGCUACUUCUGUCUCUCUCUCAGAGUCCUACUCUGUGGAUUUGUUUGCUUGUAUCUGCUUUGGAAACUGGAAAGCUUUGAUCCCUCCUUGGCUUGGUUGUACUGUCAUGGGCUGGUGUCACAUUUAAAACGGCCCCCUUGUUUGUGUUUUUUACCUUAGCUACAUGAUGUCAUGUCAGUGUGUUCUGUUGGCAGAGUGGAGGGCCGUGUGUUAUGUGCAUGUCACCAAUAUGUCAAGAGGACUGUUGACUUGUUCAAGGUGCUUUAAUACCACACAGCUACGCAAGUCAUAUUCUCCUAAGUGUCUCUACUCUCCUCCAUGCCAAGUCCCUGAGUCUUUGUGGUCUUCAUCUGUCAUCUUCUGAGCCACAGCCAGGAGUGGAGAAUAAACAAUGUGGCAUUUGAAUAUAUCACACUGCUUGAGGUAUCUUCUUCAAGUUUGAUGUACGAGCUAAGUGUGUGUGGGUUUAUGUGUGGCUCUGUGUACAUAUGGAAGUGUGAGAGGGUCAUUGUAGUAUGUAUUGAGAAAUGUUUUACAAAAGACAUGAGUACAUUGGGCUAUGUAAACAAUCUAUUGAUGGACAUUCAACGCACGCACGCACACACACACACACACACACACACACACAGACACACACACACCUUAUACAGCACAGUCUCUCCAUCAGGGCAGCGGUGAAUGUGACUCAAUUCGAUUGCACACUACUCUAGAAGUAGACAUUCUGAGAGUGUCGAGGUUGUCUCUGUCUCCUAAUGUGACAGAUGUUAAAGUCUGUAAUUCCCCCUGGUCCACCUGCAGCCCUCUGCUCCCAAUACAACCCAUGGCAAAUAGAAGGGGAGAAUAGUGACUUACAAGAUGAAAAAGAAAGAAGAUGAUGAUUGUCUUUCCCACUUCCCCUCUCUUUCUCUCUCUCUCUCUCGAUGUCCCUGAAGGUAUAGAGAUUUUUUUCAAUUUUCUGUCGGCAAUGUAUGAAGGGAAAGGGGAUACCUAGUCAGUUGCACAACUGAAUGCAUUCAAUUGAAAUGUGUCUUCAGCAUUUAACCCAACCCCUCUGAAUCAGGGGUGUCUUAGUGCCACAGUGUAUUGCUCAUGAGAAACUCUCUCUACUAUUAUUGCAGAAUAGACAACACUCCUUCUCCAGCACCAAAAAGUCUAAUGACAUUCAGCGAUUGCCCUUAGGUCUACACUUUUGUAGCUUGAAUUAAUUGAUGCGUCUUGCUGACAAAUUCACCUUUUUUGUCAAAAGGAAAGUUGGGACACCUGAAAAGGGGCUGAAAUAUGGGACGCAAAUACAGCUGUGUUUGUCCUGAGCUCAUCGAACUGUUUCAAGUUCGGUAGCGGGCUGGACCCAGUUGAUAAUGUUGCAAGUUCGCUAGCGGGCUGGUCCCAAUCGAUACAAUGUUGCAAAUUUGCUGGCGAAAGAUCAAGACAGACAGAUGGAAAGGCUGACAGGCAGAGUAGAGAGAUGAACACGAUUGAAAGACCCUGAACACUGAAUGAUAGAGAGGCGGGGGGAUUGUUUAAUUUGGAAUAAGCUUUUAUUUUAAUAUUUACCACUGUAGUAGUACAAAAUAGCAUUUUAAACAAAUAGGUGACAAGCUAGAUCCCUACAAUGUCUCAUUGAAGAUAACCUUUCUGGACUAAAACCUAAUUAUGAUUAAUGUACAAUAUUGCGUAUUGGAUCUUUAAAAAAUACAACUUUUACAUUACCCUGGAGUUUACCUAUAAAAUGGGCUGAUGGUGAAGUAGACAUACUUGGUAUUUAUAUCACAAAACAAAUAAAUGAGCACAAUGAUUUUCAAUAGAAAACUAGUAAAAAAUAGACAAGAUCCUGCAACCAUGGAGAGGUAAAUACCUAUCUAUUUAUGGAAAAUUGCCCUGAGUUACUCCUUAGUCAUAUGUCCAGUUUACUCACUUACUUAUGGCGCUGCCUACUCCUGAUUAUUCAUUUUUCAAACCAUAUGAGCAAAAAAUAAUUCGCUUUAUCUGGGAUGCUAAACCAGACAAGAUAAAGCGUGCCUAUCUAUAUAAUGAAUAUGAAUUGGUUGGGUUGAGAUUAUUAAAUAUAAAAGCACUAAACCUCUCUCUAAAAGCAUAACUUAUCCAAAGUUUUACUUGAACCCUAAAUGGUUCUCAAGUAGAUUAAUAAGAAAAGCUCAUCCAUUGUUUAAAAAUUGCCUUUUUGCCUUUGUGCAGAUUGCCAUGUCUCAUUUUCAAUCAAUUGAAAAUGAAACUUUUUUCAAAGUAUCUCUCUUUUUCAAACAAGCAUUGCAGAGCUGGCUACAAUUUCAUACCCCUGAAAAGAUAGAACAAAUAUUACAACAAAAAUUAUGGCUGAACUCAAAUGUGCUGGUUGAUAAAAUACCUGUAUUUAUGGAAAAUAUGUUUGAAAAGGGUAUUUUGUUUUUAAUUGAUAUUGUAAAUUGGAAUGGCAGAGUUGUGUAUUUCAUGGAGUUAUCAGAAUUGUAUGGGAAGGUCUGCUCAAUCCAAGAUUACAACCAAUUGAUUACAGCAUUACCCCAAAAAUGGAGGUCUGGUCUGUCUGCCCAAUAUAAAGGAUCAAAACUGGCGGAGGAAUAAAAAUAGCAUAAAUAGGAAAGUAUACCAGUUUCAUUUGAGGACCAGGAUGCUGUGCCAUACAGAUUACAAAAUAGUUGGGAAGAGUUUUUUGAUGUACCGAUUCCAUGGUACAGGGUGUACGAGUUGAUAUAUAAAACAAAGCAAGAUUCAAGAAUUCUUGCCACCAACAAAAUGUUGAAUAUUUGGGACAUACAAUCAUCACAGCUCUUCAGAUUUUGUUGUGAGGAUACAGAAUCAAUAGACCAUUUGUUUUGGUAUUGCCCUCAGGUAGCCUGUUUCUGGUCUCAGGUUCAGGAAUGGCUGAAAAUGCAUAACAUUGAUCUAAAAUUGACCCUAGAAAUAGUAUUGUUGCGAGAUCUGGAGAGACCAGAUAUAUGGUGCGUAGAAAUCCGAAGAGGGUGGCCAGCGGAGAUGGUGGAAUUAUUUUAUUUUUCUCAGGGGCAGCUGUUGGGGAACUGUGGGGGGGAUCUUGGAGGGCUGGUGGCCUGGCGGUUGGGAGCUUUGGCCAGUGGCUGAUGGGUUGCUGGUUCGGGUCCCCGUUUUUGACGUUAUGGGAGAUCUGUCGACGUGCCCUUGAGCGGGGCGUUGACCCUGGUUGCUUCUGUGGGUCGCUCUGGAUGGGAGUCUGUUAGAUGACUAAUGUGAUGUAGAUGUUGAGCUGCUUCACUGCAAGUAGAUUGUAUGUUUUAAAUAUUCAAUAUAAAAAAAAUAUUUAAAAAAUAAUAAUAAACAAAUUGGUGAAUGGUUAAAUUAGAGACCCCCCAAAGUUGGACUUUUGUUGCAUUUAGGGGAGCUUAUGUGUGUGUGAGCCACCCUUGUUUCUAGGAAAUCAUACACAAAAGGUAUCAUUUGUCCAAAUAUUUAGGAACAGGUCAUCAUUUCAUAGAGUCUGUGAAGGAAGAAACCACAUAGAAAAAGUGGUUUCCCCUAGUCAAAUUAAUGUAUUGAAUUAGAGGUUUCAUGAUGCUUGCAUCUAAACCAAAGUUGAUAAUUUUAAGAUUGUUUUGUACUUGUUUAAGAUUGUUUUGUACUUGUACGUCAGUUGGAGUCUCUAUAAGCUUCAAUAUGAGGUCCUAAACCUAGCAUGAAAGUCAUCCUUGUAGCUGUGUGGGCUAAUAUAGUCAAAAUGUGUUUGCCUUGGGGUAAAUUGAGCCCAUUGUUGAGCCAAUAGCAAGUUGAGCAAAUUGAAGUGAUUUCUUCCCAGGCGUAAUGCAAGGCAUUAUCGCUGGCAUUAGGUAACAACAGGGUCUGGCCUAUGUUAAAAGUGUUUAAAAAAGUACAAAGUGUUUGUUAUGCCAAGAAACCACUUUUUUUGGACAGCUAUGUUUUCAAAACUGUAAUGUUUACAUUAAUUCUGAUUAUUAUUUCCUGAAAUAUACACUGAGUGUACAAAACAUUAGGAACACCUUCCUAAUAUUGAGUUGCACCCCCUUUUGCCAAUGAGCUAAGAUAAGUAGUGGAUUUGCCUAGCAGUGAUUUAUAGAUGGCCUGGAGCCAGUGGGUUUGGCGACGAAUAUGUAGUGAGGACCAGCCAACAAGAGCGUACAGGUCACAGUGGUGGGUAGUAUAUGGGGCUUUGGCGACAAAACGGAUGGCACUGUGAUAGACUACAUCCAAUUUGCUGAGUAGAGUGUUGGAGGCUAUUUUGUAAAUUACAUUGCCGAAGUCAAGGAUCGGUAGGAUAGUCAGUUUUACGAGGGCAUGUUUGGCAGCAUAAGUGAAGGAGGCUUUGUUGCGAAAUAGGAAGCCGAUUCUAGAUUUAACUUUGGAUUGGAGAUGCUUAAUGUGAGUCUGGAAGGAGAGUUUACAGUCUAACCAGACACCUAGGUAUUUGUAGUUGUCCACAUACUCUAGGUCAGACCCGUCGAGAGUAGUGAUUCUAGUCGGGUGGGCGGGUGCCAGCAGCAUUUGAUUGAAGAGCAUGCAUUUAGUUUUACUUGUGUUUAAGAGCAGUUGGAGGCUACAGAAGGAGUGUUGUAUGGCAUUGAAGCUUGUUUGGAGGUUUGUUAACACAGUGUCCAAUGAAGGGCCAGAUGUAUACAAAAUGGUGUCGUCUGCGUAGAGGUGGAUCUGAGAAUCACCAGCAGCAAGAGCGACAUCAUUGAUAUACACAGAGAAAAGAGUCGGCCCAAGAAUUGAACCCUGUGGCACCCCCAUAGAGACUGCCAUAGGUCCAGACAACAGGCCCUCCGAUUUGACACAUUUAACUCUAUCUGAGAAGUAGUUGGUGAACCAGGCGAGGCAGUAAUUUGAGAAACCAAGGCUAUUUAGUCUGCCAAUAAGAAUGCGGUGGUUGACAGAGUCGAAAGCCGUAGCAAAAUGCUUAUUGAAAUUCGCGAUUGGUGAUAGUGUUUCCUAGCCUCAGUGCAGUGGGCAGCUGGGAGGAGGUGCUCUUAUUCUCCAUGGACUUUACAGUGUCCCAAAACCUUUUGAAGUUAGUGCUAUAGGAUGCACAUUUCUGUUUGAAAAAGCUUGCCUUUGCUUUCCUAACUGCUUGUGUAUAUUGGUUCCUAACUUCCCUGAAAAGUUGCAUAUCUCGGGGGCUAUUCGAUGCUAAUGCAGUACGACACAGGAUGUUUUUGUGCUGGUCAAGGGCAGUCAAGUCUGAGUAGAACCAGGGGCUAUAUCUGUUCUUAGUUCUGAAUUUUUUGAAUGGGGCAUGCUUAUUUAAGAUUGAGAGGUAAGCACUUUUAAAGAACAACCAGGCAUCCUCUACUGACAGAAUGAGAUCGAUAUCCAUCCAGGAUACAUGGACCAGGUCAAUUAGGAAGGCCUGCUCGCUAAAGUGUUUUAGGGAGUGUUUGACAGUGAUGAGGGGUGGUCGUUUGACCGCGGACCCGUUACGGACGCAGGCAAUAAGGCAGUGAUCGCUGAGAUCCUGGUUGAAGACAGCUGAGGUGUAUUUAGAGGGUAAGUUAGUCAGGAUGAUAUCUAUAAGGGUGCCCAUGUUUACGGAUGUAGGGUUGUACCUUGUAGGUUCCUUGAUAAUUUGUGUGAGAUUGAGGGCAUCUAGUUUAGAUUGUAGGAUGGCCGGGGUGUUAAGCAUAUCACAGUUUAGGUCACCAAGCAGUACGAACUCUGAGGAUACAUGGGGGGCAAUCAAUUCACAUAUGGUGUCCAGGGCACAGCUGGGGGCUGAGGGGUGUCUGUAGCAAGCGGCAACAGUGAGAGACUUAUUUCUGGAAAGGUGGAUUUUUAGAAGUAGGAGCUCAAACUGUUUGGGCACAGACCUGGAUAGUAUGAUAGAGCUCUGCAGGCUAUCUCUACAGUAGAUUGCAACUCCACCCCCUUUGGCAGUUCUAUCUAGACUGAAAAUGUUGUAGUUGGGGAUGGAAAUAUCUGAAUUUUUGGUGGCCUUCGUAAGCCAGGAUUCAGACACUGCUAGAAAAUCAGGGUUGGUGGAGUGUGCUAACGCAGUGAAUAACUCAAACUUAGGGAGGAGGCUUCUGAUGUUAACAUGCAAAAAAACGAAUGCUUUUACGGUUACAGAAAUCAACAAAUGAUAGCUCCUGGGGAGUAGGAGUGAUACUGGGGGCUGCAGGGGUUAACCUCUACAUCACCAGAGGAACAGAGGAGGACUAGAAUAAGGAUACGGCUAAAGGCUUUAAGAACUGGUCUUCUAGUGCGUUGGGUACAGAGAGUAAAGGGGGCAGAUUUCCGGGCAUUGUAGAAUAGAUUCAGGGCAUUAUGUACAGACAAGGAUAUGGAAGGAUAUGAGUACAGUGGAGGUAAACCUAAGCGUUGGGUAACAAUGAAAGAGAUAGCAUCACUGGAUGCACCGAUUGAGCCGGUCUCCGCGUGUAUGGGGGGUGGAACAAAGGAGCUAUUUGAGGCAGUUUGAGAGGGACUUGGGGCUUUACAGUGAAAUUGUAUAAUAAGAACUAACUGGAACAGCAAUUUGCAAGGCAUAUUGACAUGGGAGAGAGGCAUAAAGCAAUCACAGGUGUUAUUCGAGAGAGCUAAGACAACAACUGGUAACGGCGAUGAAAGUUUGGGCUGAGGCUAAACAGAUGAACAGGACAGGGUACCGUGUAAAGGAACAGUCCAGCAGGCAUCAGCUGUGCAGCUGAGUGAUCAUAAGGUCCAGUGAACAGCAAUAUGUGAGUCCGAGAGCAGUUUGAAUUGGUGCUACAGCACAGGCUAGCAGGAAGCACGGCUGUUGUUUGCGUGUGCUAGCGGGCCGGGGCUAGCAGAUGGAUCUUCGUGGUCUUCGCAACGGGAAGCCUGUUGAAACCACAGACGAUUACGUCGGCAGACCAGUCGUGAUGGAUCGGCGGGGCUCCGUGUCGACUCUAGGAGGUCCCGUCUGGUUGACAGAGAGGUAGAUAGCCGGGAGAUGGGCCUGACUCGAGGCUAGCUCAAGGCUGAUUAGCCAACAACAACAUUAAUUUGGUUGCAGCUAGCUAGUUGCGAUGAUCAGGAGUUAAAGGUCCAGUGAUUCAGUGAUUCCGGCAGAAAAACCGAUAGGUCGAUAACGCGCUGUGCAGACAGUGCAGACUGGCCGAUAAUAGUCCAGGCUAGAGCUGGCUGGUAGGUAGUGCAGGCCACGGACAAUGGUGAAAAACCGCUAAUGGUGGCUAAUAGCAAGUAGCUAGUUAGCUGGCUACUCCCGUCCGGUAGACAGAGAGGUAGAUAGCCGGGAUAUGGGCCUGGCUCGAGGCUAGCUCAAGGCUAACUGGUGCUUGCUUCGGGGAAAGUGGUGAUAUGCCAACAGCAAUGUCCAUUCGGUUGCGGCUAGCUAGUUGCGAUCCAGUGUUAAUGUCCAGUGAUUCAGUUAUUCCGGCAGAAAAUCCAAUGUUCUGGGUGAAAACCGCUAACGGUGGCUAAUAGCAAGUAGCUAGUUAGCUGGCUAGCUAGUUUCAACUGGAGAUUCUAGAUAAAAGGUAAGUCAAUAAUAGAAUCCAUUCCACAUUGAGUGAGGCGGGUUGCAGGAAAGUAUAUUUAGUAGAAGGAGGAAAAGUGUGAUAGGAAAAUAUGUACGAAAAAUAUAAAAAAUACAAUAAUUUACACGGACACACACAGAGUACACGACCGCACUGCUACGCCAUCUUAGAUCUAUUAUGUAUUAUGUGUAUGUACAUAUCUUUGUUAGAAAGAAUAUUAUAUUUCCCUUAACGGAGUGAUGCUGAAUGAAAAGGAUGGCUCAACCUUCCCCACUCUACCCUAUUGAAACCACUCAAACAUGUCUUCCUAGUCCUGAGAGAGAGUGAACUCCAGGUUCUUUGGGUUAAAAGUGAUUUUGUUAGUGGAUCUACCUGUAUUCUGUGAGCUACAGGAUGCAACUAGGCCAGGUUUUAAUUCCCAUUUUGCCCUGUAGUUAACCUCCAUUCCCUACCCGGUACACACAGAUGCAAAUCCGACCUGAAUAAGGAUGUCUUCAAAGCAAAGCAGAGAAAUAAAAUGAUAAGAAUAGAAUAGAACAGUCAGAAAACGCCCCCACAGGAAUUGGAGCUUAGCAGCUUCUAAGAAUCUUUCAUAUUGAAAUGUUCCGGCUGUUCUGUGAUUCAAUAGCUCAGUGUGAAGCGACGGUCAAUUUUCCAAAUUCACAUUCAACAAUAUUCACAACUGGCCCCGAGCCCUGUUCGCUUUUCUAUCAUUUCUCCAUUUCCUUUCCUUUCCUUUUCUUCCCCCUUCUCUGCUUCUGGUCACAGUGAUUCUUCUCUCUGUAUUUCACACACGUCUGAUGGGAUGUUUUCGUCUCCCUCCCUUUUCUCCCAGCUGUGGAAAAAAGAGAGGGAGGAAGGGAGCAUGUGUGACUUACUGCCACGAUCACCAUGCCAGCAAGGAGAGAGGGCCGAGAAAUGGCCAGAAAGAUGCAAAGGUCUUUUGUUUUUGGGACUUGGGGGUGACAUUGUCAAAGCAUGUCAGCUGUCUUGGCCAGUAGUUCAUCUGUACAAGGAGAUUAGGAGUGUGUAUAGAAGUCCCCACUUCUUUUAAGUGCCCAGCCAGGGAUUCAAACUAGCAACACUCCAGCUACAGUUCUGCAGCUCUAACCUCUAGCCUACAUACCACCCCCAUCUCCAAAGUAUCCCAAAACAUCGCAAAUAUCAAAUUCCCAAAACACCUGACUGCCUAAUGCUGUACGUACAAUCAGGGACUUGACGUCACAAGUUACCAAUGUCCUAGCUGACCCGGGUGUACAUAUAGAGGAAUUCUCUGUGAAAUAGAGUGUUAGUCCAUUACAUAACUAACUGUCAUCUUCAGAAGCGUUGAGCUGUUGUUGUUUUGAGAUGCUAAUAUAUAGCUGUCAGGGAGCUGAUUUACUCUCAUCCUGUGUCUUAACACUCACACACACACACACACACACACACACACACACACACACACACACACACACACACACACACACACACACACACACACACACACACACACACACACACACACACACACACACACACACACACACACACACACAGGUGAGGGAGUCUGUGUGGUGCAAACAGGUGUUACAUAUAGCAGCAGGAGGGAAUGCAGCCAAGAGUCAGACUGCCCUAAAAUGAAUCAGAAUGAGGUGAAAUUUCACAAUCAUUGUAGGCAACCUUUCAAGGACUUUGCUUCUUCAAAAGUGUUUGUGCUAGCAGGAGUGUCUUCAGAAGUGUGUGUUUUCAGAGGUGUGUUUUGCCUCUCCUAGCUUCUCUGUGUCUCUGGAUGGGGACGACAUUUGUUGGUGAACACUGAGAAGCUCUGCCACAGGUUUCACAAUCACAACUCUGUUUCUUCUAACCAGUCUUCUCCUCAGGAUUAUCUUGAGUCGACUGUGAAAGGCUAUUUGGCAAUAAAUCACAUAGUUUCUUAUUACAUCCGUUAUUAAUGUGUGACUGUGUUUGUAUGAUGCUGUAUAUUUCAUUCAACUUGAUAGCCUAUAUAAGACAUUUCAGUUGUAGGGUAGAACUGUUUGAGAAUGAACACAUUUUUUUUUGUCUCUUUCCAAGAAUAUCUGUGAGUUUUGCAAUGAAAUACAGAACUUCUGAGGUCAAGUUUGAAUUUGUUUGAGAGAGAAACAGGGGGAGAGAGAGAAAGAGACGUGGCUAUUUACCUGUCUGUGUGUGGCAGAAAACCCUGCUCUCUGAUUGGUGGAGAGAGGGCAGGUACAGUUUGCUGAAGGCCCGUUUUCAGGAUUCCAGCAACACUGAGUCACAUGGGCUGAUCGCUAUCUCAAACACACACACACACACAUACACACAAAGACAGCAGACAGUACUGUAUGAUUGCACAAACACAACCCCCACAGCUCCCCCUCCCCCGUCCCUCCUCUCGGUCCCUCCCUCCUCCCUCUCUCUCUCUAUUUCUCUCUCUCUCUCUCUCUGUCUCUCAAACACACACGUGUGCUCAGCAACAGAGGAAGGCUCUUACGUCUACGCAGUACAGCUCUACUUAGAGAGAGGGAACGAGAGAGGGAACAGCCGAGCGAGAGAACAAGAGAGCCAGGCAGAGCGAGAGAGAGAGAGAGAGAGAGAGAGAGAAAGAGGGAACGAGGGAACGAGGGAGAGAGAGAUAAGGAGGGCAGUAGCUACAGUGGAUUCCCUGUCAGCUUCAUCUCCAGCCCUCGAAAUUGUCAUCAUCUGCUCCAUUAUUUAAUCAGCACAAGUGCUGCUCUCGCACUCCUCUUUCUUCUCCAGCGAUCUGCUCGUAAAAAAAACAAUAUCUGACCACCGUUGGAUUUAAGCGAGUGUGUGUGUGAGAGAGUGUGUGUGAGAGUGUGUCACUUAUCACUGGACUGCUGGACGAAAAUGGAUAUUUCCCCUACAGUGGGAUGUGGGUGUUGUUCCAGGGAUGUUAUAUGGUAGUGCUGACUGAGCCAGCUAAAGCCACAGCUACCACUAGAGGAAAGGGCAAACUGCCCCUCUUUACUUACUAUAGGUGUGGAGCCUUGUUAUAUUAGAUCUCUUGCGUUUUUUCAAAUAUGUGAUUUCUUUGUUUAUUUUGAUCCCGAUCUUUAUUCUUUCUCUCUUUUUUUCCCUCUUCCUCCCAUCCAGACGAGAAGGAGGAAGGAGUGUUGGGAAGUCUUCCUCUGCUCAGCUUUCGGAUCGGAGAAGUGCAGGCGUUGGAUAACAUCAGCCGCAAGCACGCCUUUAAGGUCAGUACCCUCUAGGACUAAGUAUGAUGAUGAUGAUGAUGAGGAUGAUGAUGACAAUGAUGAUGAUGAGGAUGAUGAUGAAGCCAUGUUAUGAUGAUAAAGCAAUGUUUUUUUGGACUUCUUGAGCUUCCAAGAGGUGGGGGAUAACAUUUGGGGCAGGUGGUCAGUGAGGUGAGAGGGGGAAUGACCUUUAGGAAAGUGGUUGGUUUGAGAGGAUACAAGUACAAGUACAAUGAGUACUGAGUGUACAAAACAUUAGGAACACCUGCUCUUUCCAUGACAUAGACUGAGCAGGUGAAUCCAGGUGAAAGCCAUGAUCCCUUAUUAAUGUCACCUGUUAAAUCCACUCCAAUCAGUUUAGAUAAAGGGGAGGAGACAUGUUAAAGAAGGAUUUUUAAGCCUUGAGACAAUUGAGACAUUGAUUGUGUAUGUGUGCCAUUCGGUGGGUGAAUGGGCAAGACAAAAUACUUAAGUGCCUUUGAACGGGGUAUGGUAGUAGGUGCCAGGCGCACCGGUUUGAGUGUGUCAAGAACUGCAAUGCUGCUGGGCUUUUCACGCUCAACAUUUUCCCUUGUUUAUCAAGAAUGGUCCACCACCCAAAGGACAUCCAGCCAACUUGACACAACUUUUUUUUUGGGGGGGGGGUUUAAAUGCUGGGCAGACACGUGAUCGUCACUCAUACAGCCCAGUGACAAGCAGUGACAUUGGGGGACAAUGGGGGAUAAUAGGGAAUAAGCAGAGAUGUCUGGCAGCAUUUCAAAACCAAACCCCUAUAUUUACUCUGUGUUUGUGUGUGUGCGCGCGCCCGUGUGUGCAUGUGUUUGUGUGUGAGAGAGAGAGAGUAUGAGUGUGUGUUUGCUCACACUGUACUUUGCACCGAAGUGCUCAUGAAUAAACAGAAUGCUGAGAGAGAGGGAGACACACACAGACAGCAUGAGAGGGAGACACAGAGAGAAAGAGAGAAGGAGUGAUAGAGAAAGAGAAAGGGAAGGAGAGAGAGAGUCCUGUCACAGUAUAUUCCUCUCUGGUCUUCCAGGCAGUAGCUGAGGGAUGGUCAGAGGGAGAGAGGAGGGAACAGUCUUACAUAAACCCCUACCCAGCACCACCACACCAUAUUAGCAUGAUAUAUAAUAUCAUGUUCAUUCAUAUGAUUUAUUUAUCACAGCCAAUGCAUAUUAAUCACCAUCUCAGAAUGUGGCGCUGCAGUACCAUCUAAAAGCUAUUUCCCAACAUAGUCCCUGUCAGUAGUAGUAUGUCACUAAUCAAAAAAUCCUGUCUAGUCCCAUAAACAAAAAUUAUUCCAGAUUUAUCACCAUAAAAGUGCAAUCACUGUCAAGCUAGAACGCAUCUUUGGUUUUCCAAACACACUGUCUGUUUCAGAAAAGGUGAUGCAAUACCGUUUUGUAAUAUUCUACAGUUAGUCAAAUCUCUUCUUAAAAUAUUCGGAUUACGUGGUCUCAUUUGGGUUCGGUGGUUAAGACAAUGUACGGGUUGUACAGUAUGUGUGUUGCAGUGUUUCUUUGUUGAUAGAGUUGCUGUGUGCCAUUGGUUGUAGCCCCAGUGUCUCUGUGUGUCGGUGUUGAUACGAGACCUGUUGUGACAGCCACGGUGACAUGGCAUUUGCCUGACAGUUCUACGAAGCAGUAGACUAUAUACUGUAGACCAGCAGCUAGAGGGUUCAGCUUGUUACACUGGCUCCUCUGUAGACUUUCAUAUGUCUGUGUGCAUGCUUUUAAAGGCAAAUAGCAGUAGAAGAAGAAGACACAGGCAAAAUAAAGAAAUUAACCUUUUCACACAUGAGUUCCAAAUAUCUCUAAACGGUCGCCCCAGCGUGAGUUGUUUUAUGCACAUGAUGUCAGAAUGCGCUCACUGUUCCAAAAUGGGAUUGUUACGCAACAGAAAAGGUUAAACACCAGUAAAUGUUUCAAUGAUAUGUGUCCAAAAGCCUUUCAGGUACAGUACAGGAGAGACUUAAUGUUCUUACUUAUUGACACAGUAUUCUAGGUAGCCUAUUCAGCUGUGUUGUUAUGGUGGUGGUGGUGCUGGCUAGUAAAAGGUUAUUUGUCUCCUUCCCGCCAUGCUGUUAUCCUGCUGCUUGGUGUUGAUUGUACAGGGAGGCAGUGUGAGUGUGAGACAAUAUGAGUCAUGAGGAUGGAGCAGAGCAGCCAGUGGUUUGUAGAGAACUUUAGCCUUCCAGGUAUUUACAGUGUGGACUGGAACUGUAAGUGCUGCGUAGGUUAUGGUGUUAUGGUGUUAUAACACUGAAGCUUCAGGAUCUAGCAAUCUCUGCUGAAACAAUGUCAACCAAGUACAGUGAGGGAAAAAAGUAUUUGAUCCCCUGCUGAUUUCGUACGUUUGUCCACUGACAAAGAAAUGAUUUGUCUAUCAUUUUAAUGGUAGGUUUAUUUGAACAGUGAGAGACAGAAUAACAACAAAAAAAUCCAGAAAAACGUAUGUCAAAAAUGUUAUGAAUUGAUUUGCAUUUUAAUGAGGGAAAUAAGUAUUUGACCCCCUCUCAAUCAGAAAGAUUUCUAGCUCCCAGGUGUCUUUUAUACAAGUAAAGAGCUGAGAUUAGGAGCACACUCUUAAAGGGAGUGCUCCUAAUCUCAACUUGUUACCUGUAUAAAAGACACCUGUCCACAGAAGCAAUCAAUCAAUCAGAUUCCAAACUCUCCACCAUGGCCAAGACCAAAGAGCUCUCCAAGGAUGUCAGGGUCAAGAUUGUAGACCUACACAAGGCUGGAAUGGGCUACAAGACCAUCGCCAAGCAGCUUGGUGAGAAGGUGACAACAGUUGGUGCGAUUAUUCACAAAUGGAAGAAACACAACAGAACUGUCAAUCUCCCUCAGCCUGGGGCUCCAUGCAAGAUCUCACCUCGUGGAGUUGCAAUGAUCAUGAGAACGGUGAGGAAUCAGCCCAGAACUACACGGGAGGAUCUUGUCAAUGAUCUCAAGGCAGCUGGGACCAUAGUCACCAAGAAAACAAUUGGUAACACACUACGCCGUGAAGGACUGAAAUCCUGCAGCAUGGUCCCCCUGCUCAAGAAAGCACAUAUACAGGCCCGUCUGAAGUUUGCCAAUGAACAUCUGAAUGAUUCAGAGGAGAACUGGGUGAAAGUGUUGUGGUCAGAUGAGACCAAAAUCGAGCUCUUUGGCAUCAACUCAACUCGCCGUGUUAGGAGGAGGAGGAACACCAUCCCCACCGUCAAACAUGGAGGUGGAAACAUUAUGCUUUGGGGGUGUUUUUCUGCCAAGGGGACAGGACAACUUCACCGCAUCAAAGGGACGAUGGACGUGGCAAUGUACUGUCAAAUCUUGGGUGAGAACCUCCUUCCCUCAGCCAGGGCAUUGAAAAUGGGUCGUGGAUGGGUAUUCCAGCAUGACAAUGACCCAAAACACACGGCCAAGGCAACAAAGGAGUGGCUCAAGAAGAAGCACAUUAAGGUCCUGGAGUGGCCUAGCCAGUCUCCAGACCUUAAUCCCAUAGAAAAUAUGUGGAGGGAGCUGAAGGUUCGAGUUGCCAAACGUCAGGCUUGAAACCUUAAUGACUUGGAGAAGAUCUGCAAAGAGGAGUGGAACAAAAUCCCUCCUGAGAAGUGUGCAAACCUGGUGGCCAACUACAAGAAACGUCUGACCUCUGUGAUUGCCAACAAGGGUUUUGCCACCAAGUACUAAGUAAUGUUUUGCAGAGGGGUCAAAUACUUAUUUCCCUCAUUAAAAUGCAAAUCAAUUCAUAACAUUUUUGACAUGCAUUUUUCUGGAUUUUUUGUUGUUAUUUCGUCUCUGACUGUUCAAAUAAACCUACCAUUAAAAUUAUAGACUGAUCAUGUCUUUGUCAGUGGGCAAAUGUACAAAAUCAGCAGGGGAUCAAAUACUUUUUUCCCUCACUGUACAUUGUUUUCGAUGUUGUAGACCUUUGUGCUUAAUUGUUUAGUUUUGUAGAUAGUAGACAGUACUUGGGGUUAAUAUACUGUGUGGCACAAUUUCUACUUACAUGUAUAGGAGUGUGUAGCCAUGUAUGUAGGUCUAAGUGUUGUGUAGGAGACAGACAGACAGUACAGGUAUGUCAUGGUGUUUACGUGUUCUCAGUACUAAUACAGGGUGGUGAACUGGUCUGAUUUGGUCUGGCUGUUGUUAGUUGAGGUAAGUGGAGGGAGGGGAGCUUUUGUUUCUGGCCUAGUGGGGCCCCUCGGGGCUGAGGAGGAGAGGAGACAGGAUGGGAUGGAAGUCGAGUUUGAGCACGAUCCUGGAGACUCGGCUGGGAUUCCUGUAGAACCCCUUCUUUAUGACACCUGUAAUUUCAAACUGACCAAUGAGAGAGAGGUAGGGUGCGGGGGAGAGGGAGAGGGAGAGGGGGAGGGAGUGAAGACUCUAACCUACAUUUUUGCCUUUGAUUAUAAGAUUACCUUUCAGAGGUGGACUGGUUUGACUUGACUUUUCAGUACCGACACCCUUUUUUUUUUUUUUCAUGAAGGCGUGAAUGCUUCAUUAAAUGCUUAACGGAAAUUGUGUAAGUUCUAAAACUUUGGAUAUGAGCCAGGACUGCAAGGACUGUUGUUUUGCUGCGAGCUCCAAACAGAGAGAGCUGCCUGGGUCUGCUGUUCCAACCUGACCGUACCUGCAGGUUCACUAAGUACAGGCUGAGGUAACAAAAACAGAGGUGUGGUUGGAACCUGGAAUAGACCUUAUUUAUGAUCGGGGUCACCCAGCCGUUACAACACUAUCUACAGUAUCUUGGUCCAACCCUAUCUGACCACACUUGGUUCAACCCUGCAUGGUUUAGACAUGUAAAAGGCUAUAAUGUCUAACAGACGCCUCUCAGCUCACAGCAUUUUUCAAAGCAGCCUUUUCCCUCCCGUGGAUUGAAGUAAAUUAUUAAACGAGAACACUUGGCCCGGGUGUGGUGUGGUGUGUUGUACGGUGUGUAUGACUGGUUUACUAGCGUCUUAAGACUGAGUUACAGCUAGAUGUGUGUGUGUGUGGUGUGUGUGUGUGUGUGUGUGUGUGUGUGUCUGUGUGUGUGUGUGUGUGUGUGUGAGAGACCAUACGUGUACACCCCCAGGGAGUGCACUAGUUAUUAAACCCCCUGUUGAGAGUAAAUGUCAUGGUCCAUACCACCUUCACUCAGAGGGGUGUCACC